AAAGUGGUGGUACUAGUGAAGCUGAAGACAGUGAAGCUGGUGAAGACAGUGAAGAUAGUGAAGACAGUGAAGCUGGUGAAGCUGGUGAAGACAGUGGAGCUGGUGGAGCCAGUGAAGACAGUGGAGCUGGUGGAGCUGGUGGAGCCAGUGAAGACAGUGGAGCUGGUGGAGCUGGUGAAGACAGUGAAGCUGAUGGAGCCAGUGGGGCUGGUGAAGACAGUGAAGCGGGUGGAGGAGGUGAAGCCAGUGAAGACAGUGAAGUCGGUGGAGCUGGUGGAGCCAGUGAAGCUGGUGAAGAUGGUGGAGCCAGUGGAGCCAGUGAAGAUGGUGAAGCCAAUGAAGCCAGUGAAGAUGGUGAAGCCAGUGAAGCCAAUGAAGCCAGUGAAGAUGGUGAAGCCAGUGAAGCCAGUGAAGAUGGUGAAGCUGGUGAAGAUGGUGAAGCUGGUGAAGCUGGUGAAGACAGUGAAGCUGGUGAAGCUUGUGAAGAUGGUGAAGCCAGUGAAGCCAGUGAAGCCAGUGAAGCCAGUGAAGCCAGUGAAGAUGGUGAAGAUGGUGAAGAAGACAGUGGUGCUGGUGCUGGUGAAGACAUUUUAUAUGCUUUAAACAUAUCAUCAUUUACUGCUCUUAGCCCAGGAAUUACCAAAAGUGGUGGUACUAGUGAAGCUGAAGACAGUGAAGCUGGUGAAGACAGUGAAGAUAGUGAAGACAGUGAAGCUGGUGAAGCUGGUGAAGACAGUGGAGCUGGUGGAGCCAGUGAAGACAGUGGAGCUGGUGGAGCUGGUGGAGCCAGUGAAGACAGUGGAGCUGGUGGAGCUGGUGAAGACAGUGAAGCUGAUGGAGCCAGUGGGGCUGGUGAAGACAGUGAAGUCGGUGGAGCUGGUGGAGCCAGUGAAGCUGGUGAAGAUGGUGGAGCCAGUGGAGCCAGUGAAGAUGGUGAAGCCAAUGAAGCCAGUGAAGAUGGUGAAGCCAGUGAAGCCAAUGAAGCCAGUGAAGAUGGUGAAGCCAGUGAAGCCAGUGAAGAUGGUGAAGCUGGUGAAGAUGGUGAAGCUGGUGAAGCUGGUGAAGACAGUGAAGCUGGUGAAGCUUGUGAAGAUGGUGAAGCCAGUGAAGCCAGUGAAGCCAGUGAAGCCAGUGAAGCCAGUGAAGAUGGUGAAGAUGGUGAAGAAGACAGUGGUGCUGGUGCUGGUGAAGACAUUUUAUAUGCUUUAAACAUAUCGUUUAUUUUUUUUUGA